CCUGCCGUAGCGAUCGACUCGACUGCAAGAUACUAUGACGCAGAAAAGGAGAUUUCGAAAGAGAAUGGAGUCAUUCCAGGCAAGGAGUGAGGAGUGGGCGGACAAUAUCAAAUUGCACCGCAACAUGUCCCACUUUGUGGACGAUUUGGAAAUAACAGUGGAGAAAAUGAAGGCCCUUGGGCUACGCCCUGUCCUUUUAUAUGCUGUGCAUAAAAAAGGAGGGGGGUAUUCAUCAAAGCUGCUCUGUCCAUACAACUGUCCCCCUCAGGUCACGGGAAUGCUAUCCAAAAUUGAGCAGCUUUAUAAGCUACUCCUUGAUGUGUGGACACCAGAAGGUGAGGAGCGGCGGAGGAGGAAGUACAGGAGAAGGGAAGAGCAGGACCAAGGUGCUGACCAGGCAGCAGGGAAGGACCAGGCCGUUUCUGUGAUCCAGCAACUUAGGUCGCUGCUGUCUGGGGAGAAGCGAGAGAGAGCGGCAGAGCCCAUUAUGCAGGUGGAGAUGAAAAAUAUGAAAAUCUUUGUUAGAAAAAGGAGGCAUCGCACCAGGAACUGUGGCACGCAUCCAUAUGUUGAGACCCUGGAAGGCAGAGCAGUGGGGAGGAGGAAACAAGAGAAGGUUGGUAUUACACAAAUCAUUACAGAUGCUUUGAUUUGCUAG